AUGUCAUUAAUCGGGGACCAGGCGCGGAGAGCUACUCCACUCGUUAUCUCUUACCUUCCACGGGAUAAUCUGGCUGGAUACGCCAGCGUCUGCAAAGUCUGGAAUGCAAACACCGAGAGUCUGACAUUUGCUUCGGCAAUCAAGUCUCUUUUUGAAACUUUAGCCCUAUGGCCGGAGAGAGAAGACUGCAAGAUAUCGCUUGAAAUUGCAGCUCAAUCUCACAGUGACUUGCAAGCAGAGCCAGACAGUGAAAAAAAAGAACCGUUUCUUGAAGCCUCAUAUUUAUGGCAACAAAAACGAUCUUUUCAAUCGGAGAUUCGCGCAUUCUCUUUUAAACAUCGAGGAACAAAAAAUAGUCUCUGUCUCGUUCCAGUAGUCACAGGCCUUGAUAUAUGGAGCGCUGGGCGUUAUCGAAAAGUUACCCCGUCCUCAAAGGUCAUAUCUCGACCACCGCGACUCCGAUCCUUACCAUUGGACCCUGAUGACAAUGAAAGAAAAGAUGAGAUGAUAAGAAACCAUCUACGCGAAGGUAUACAUAGUCCUCUGCCGGUUGCUGCUCUUACCCCCAAAAUCAUGCUUUACAUUCAGCAUACGUUAACAUGCAUAGAAUUUGCGCUCAGCCUUGCCGAGUGGUCUAAAUCACUCUUUGAGCUUGGCCCUAAACGCCUUGAGCCAGCAACUGGAGACUAUCUUGCUGUUGUCGUCUGGACCAUGGCUAUUCACAAAGACCCGAGAUGGAGGGAACGGUCACCCAAUGAAUCUGAGGAUGGCUCUUCGGACGAUUACGACCUUGCACCACAGGAUUAUAAACCCGAUUUGUUUCGCAGCAUGCCUCUUGAUACUCUCGGCGAUAUUUAUAUAGCAGCCGGAGAUGCAGCCCGUCAAAUGCCUCAGCUAAAGAUCAUGGAGCUCGAAGCUUCUAUUCCUAGAAUCGACGGGCUAGAACAUGUAUUGGGAUGUUGCCCCUCGCAUAAGUUCAAAUAUGAUCGACCGAGUGGGGCGGCCACAUGGAUCAGCUCAUCGGAAUUUCACGUUACCGAAAGAAUGCGUGAAACUUGGGAUGCAGCAGCAAAAGCCCAUGGUCAUUUUCAAGUUAAUAUCGAGGUUUGUUCUUCGUAA